GCGCACGGCUCUUCACGCCGGCAGCAUGAAGUGGACGGGGCGAAUUUUCUGCCUUUUCUGCCUUCUAGCGGCUGCAAAUUCUGUCAACAGUUUGGAAUGCGCAAAAUUUGAGCUCGGUCUAAGCAGCAAGGCUCUGUUCCCGGACAAUCAUUUCACGGCAUCAAGUAGUUAUCGCGAUGAUUACCUUCCUCAUCUUGCAAGAUACAGCAACAAUUUGGCCGCAUGGGGUGCUAAGAUCAAUGACGAUCCAAACGACUACCUGCAGAUAGAUCUCGGACGCGUAUACAAGAUUUGCGCCGUUGCCACCAAAGGACACGAGAAGAACAACGAGUUCGUCGACAGUUACAAAGUUCUGUACUCGAUGGAUAACUUAAACUGGGGCACUUACCAAGAAACGGCUGGCGAGGACAAGGUUUUCGAGAGGAACCAAAUCCAUGUUUCCAAUUCAGUCAAGUUUGAGCUGAAUACUUCUGUGGAAGCCAAGUUUAUUCGGUUUGUACCGGUGACUGUCUACGGACACAAAUCUAUGAAAGUGGAGCUGUUCGGGGAACUAUCCAAUGUGUGCUCUGGACCACUUGGUCUCGAGAAUGGCGCUCUUGACAGAAGCACUUUCAAGGCAUCAUCACAUCCGGACAACGCCCACUUGGCCCGUUUGUAUUCACCAAAAGGUUGGUCGGCUGCCCAUGCAACCCAGGGCCAGUACCUCCAGAUCGACUUGAUGUCUGCGCGGACCAUAUCGGGCGUGGCUAUCCAGGGAUGUGAAGGAGGCUGGGUGUCUAACUAUAUUUUGCAGUAUGGUAUGACCAACAGCACUUGGAGCGAAUACAAGAACGAACAGGAUUCAGAUGCGCACCAGUUUGAGGGGAAUAAAGACGCUGCCCAGGUUCGCGUGAAUUGGUUCAUUAGGCAACUCCGAGCGAGAUACAUCCGUAUCAACCCUACCGCCUGGCACUCCUCCAUCUGUCUAAGGGCUGAAUUGUUUGGGUGCCAAGAGUCUUGUGACCAAUCUCCACUCGGCCUUGAAGACCACAGAAUUUCAAACAGUCACAUAACAUCGUCUUCAAAGCGAGACCAGAACUCACCAGCACAUCACGGUCGACUUGGUUUCACCUCGGCAAACGCUUGGUGCGCCGCUAAUGAUGACACGCAGCCUUGGAUACAGUUCGACCUCGGCGCUGAUCACGUGGUCUGUGCCAUAGCAACCCAGGGGGACAGCAAAUCACACUCAUGGGUGACGUCAUACAAAGUGAUGUACUCUGACGAUGCCGCGAAAUGGUUUCAUUAUAGCGAGGCUGCGAGCGGGAAGGUCUUUGCCGGUAACUUUGACAAGAGUUCCGUGGUGAAACAUCAGCUGAAUAAGCCUAUCAGAGCACGCUAUAUUCGCGUUUCAGCAUCCAAGCACCGCGGUUCUGCAUGUUUGAGGGUGGAGCUCUAUGGAUCGUCCCAGUCUGUCUGUUCACGAACAUCUGGCGGUAUCCGAAUUGGGGGAUUUAUCCCUGACUAUAACAUUCGUGCAACCUCAAUAUACGCACCAGCUUACACAGGCUCCUCCGGAAGAUUGAACGGUCCGUUUGGAUGGGCGGUCGGUCCGGACGCAGGCGACGAUGAAUAUCUUGAGGUGGACUUCGGGUACCCUGUGGUGUUGUGCGGAAUGGCUAUUCAAGGCAGUGGGGUAAUAAAGAACAACGAGUUUGUAAAAUCGUACAAGCUUCAGGUGUCUCAGGAUGGGAGAGACUGGAAGUUCUACUCACCCAAGGACGACGGCGAGGAGUUUCUUAUUCCUGGAAGCAAAGAUCGCUUCGAUACCGCCAAGCACGUCCUACAGCGUCCUGUUGUGGCCAAGUUCAUCCGAGUCUAUCCUGUGGAGUUCUACUCACAUAAAACCAUGCGAAUUGACGCCUUUGGUGUACGGCAAGGCUGGCGCACGCCAAUCGGCAUGGCAAAGACAGCACACCAAGUUUCAAGCCAUGCUCUUAUCACAAGUGAUGACCCGGCGUUCAAUGCUGACGCGAUCCGCUUUGGCAGUGGGACCAGCUGGUGUCCAGAAAAUGACCCGGACACACAGGCUUCCCGUUAUGCUCAGAUCGACCUUGGUCAGAACUCUGUUAUUACAGGUGUAGCGACGAAAGGUAACGGGAAGGACAGUUGGGUGACCGAAUUCAGUGUGCAGUUUGCUGAAAAUCCGACGGGUACUUGGUUCGACAUCCCGCAGGGUAACAUCGAAGGUAACGAUGCCGCAGUCGGGACGGCAGUCAGCUGGUUGCGGGAGCCUGUGGUAGCGCGCUAUGUACGAGUCACGCCUAAGUCCUUUGAGGGAAAUCCUUGCUUUGCACUCGAUCUCCAUGGCAACAGGAAGCCCUUCGUAGCCCCAGCUCCUGUAAUUCUCCAAGCCUCUCACUCCGGUACAGUCUCGCCUUCGAACUCGGCUGAAGUCACUUGUACUGCGUAUGGAGUUCCUGGCGUCGUGUUGAACUGGAGUAUUCGCGGCCAACUCGUCAAACCUCAGCCUGCGACCAAAUUCUCCAAAGGUCUCGCCGAGUCCCGAAUGAAGGUGACACACGGGUCAGCGGUCAGCGCCAAAGAGCUCGGCUCUUGUCAGCAGGGGGACGGGGAGGAUAAGUUCAAAUGCGUUCUGGAUUACACUUGCACUGCAUUCUACCAUAAUGAGGUCAGCGGCGGUGCGCACGAGAAGAAGACCACAUUGCACGCUAAUCUAUAUAUUCCCAAGCCGACUACUACUCCACCUCCAACAGCUCCGCCAGAGCCCGCGACGAAAAAACACGUCUCCCAACCCAAACCAAAGCAUGUCGCUAAGAAGAAAAAGCAGCACGUCAAGGCAGGGAGCAAUACACUCAGGGCAGGGCUUCUAGCAGCCGUCCUCGCAUUUAUUUUCACUGCUAUUCUUUGAUUUUGAGUGCGAGUGAAGAAAGAAACAUUUUCAUUUGCGUUUUUGAACUUGGGUUUGCUGUAAUUUCUCAUGUGCAUGAUUUUAUUGCAUCUCUUUUUCUUUUAAAACUAUUUGUUUUCGAUAAUUUGACAACUUUGGCUUUUAGCUCUACUCUUCUACGCAUGAAUGAAUUGUUUUUACUGGAAAUAGCUCUCACGACCUUAAGUUUUGUUUAACGUUUUGCGGUUGAGUGUGCCUGAGUGCGUGUAUACUGAAUCAUUCAUUAACACCUGUAUUACUGGCUCAAAUAGUAAAGCGCAUUUUUUAA